UCAGUUGUAUCCAACGCGCCGUACUGUUCGGUCACGCCAGAUCAUACGGCACUCAACAACUUCGAGCUUUCGCAUUUACCUGUGGAUCGGUUGUGCUGUGUAUUAUUAUAGUAACAAUAUCAGGUUGGAUACUUUCUGGAUUUGGAACUGGAGAUAGUGCACGGGCAGCGAUCAAGGUACGCCUCUCCUCAGUUUGAAACCUACGCAAGCUAUUUCAAUGUAAGCGGUUUAUAUCACUGACUCACUAAGUUUUUGAUACAAGUAGCUGUGCGUCGGAUAUAAAGAUAAUCGUUCGUGUUCAGCUGGACCAAUUUUGGGGUUAAAAUUUUAAAGAAAACAUACCUUCUUUCGGACGAAUUAGAGAUGAUUCGGAGAACCAGAAAAAAGUCGUAUAGUUAUAUCAACAACGACAUGUAUUCGUAAUGAACUUUCAUCUUUUUCCAAUCAAAGUCAUGUGAAAAAGAGAAGAAAUAACGACCGUCGUCAUAUCAUUAUCAUAUCGAGUAACAAACAUCACAUGAAUACGACAUAUCUUAUUAUGCUAGUCGCUUAUUUGUGAUUAUAGAUAAUUAACUUAAUUGCUCAAAUUCUACAUUCAUAACAAAUUGUAGAUAUAAAAAUUAACAAAUUAGUCAAUACGUUUGGAAAUCGCUUCGUUCUAAAGAUUAUUAAGUAACGAAACAAGAUGAAGUAUAGCAUGUUCUUCCUGAGGAGGAGGACACUAAUAUUAAAGGCUGUUCUAAUAUUGACAGCCUUAUGGUUUAUGGUCGCGCUGUUGACAACAAAUGGAGGUACUAGAAAUGCUAUAGACUCCCCCGUAGAAUACGUUGACGCUGAGGCAAAGCCGUUAAAAAUGGCUAAACCAACUUCUACCAAAAAGAAGAGUGAAUCGUAUGGCAAUAAUUUAUCAGAUGCGAAAACACGGGUCGAUUGGAUGGGUCGGAUCGCUGGCAUAGAAGGGCUUGGAGUGAUUGCCGCCCCUGGUUCUGAUAAUGCGCCAGGGGAGUUGGGGAAACCGGUAAUUUUGCCAAAGAAUAUAAGCGAAGAGGCAAAAGCGGCGGUAUCUGAGGGUUGGAAAAAGAAUGCGUUUAAUCAGUACGUGAGUGACCUCAUAUCGAUUAGGAGGAAGUUGCCGGACCCCAGGGAUGAAUGGUGUAAGCAGCCAGGAAGAUAUUUAGAAGAAUUGCCACAGACCUCUGUGGUGAUUUGUUUCCACAACGAAGCGUGGUCUGUUUUGCUGAGGACUGUGCACUCUGUUCUCGACAGAUCACCGGCGCAUUUGAUAAAAGAAAUAGUUCUUGUUGACGACUUCUCAGAUAUGCCACACUUGAUGCAGCAGUUAGACGAUUAUAUGUCAGCGCUACCCAAAGUACGAAUAGUUCGAGCGACUCGACGGGAAGGACUCAUUAGAGCGCGACUGCUGGGGGCGCGAUAUGUCACUGCGCCAGUACUAACUUAUCUCGACAGUCACUGCGAGUGCACAGAGGGCUGGCUAGAACCACUGUUGGAUCGAAUAGCCCGAAAUAAGACCACAGUGGUAUGUCCAGUAAUAGACGUGAUCGACGAUAGUACGCUUGAGUAUCACUACAGAGAUUCAACAUCAGUGAAUGUCGGUGGAUUCGACUGGAAUUUACAAUUUAAUUGGCAUCCAGUACCAGCUAGGGAGAGAGCAAGACAUCAGCACACUGCUGAGCCAGUCUGGUCUCCCACAAUGGCUGGUGGACUAUUUGCAAUCGAUAAAGAGUUUUUCGAAAGGCUCGGCACGUAUGAUAGCGGCUUUGACAUUUGGGGUGGAGAAAAUCUAGAACUGUCUUUCAAAACUUGGAUGUGCGGUGGAACCUUGGAAAUAGUGCCAUGUUCUCAUGUCGGCCAUAUAUUUAGGAAAAGGUCGCCUUAUAAAUGGAGGACUGGUGUUAACGUGUUGAAGAAAAAUUCCGUAAGAUUAGCUGAGGUCUGGCUGGAUGACUACGCCAAAUAUUAUUACCAACGAGUUGGUAAUGAUAAAGGUGAUUACGGUGACAUUAGCAGCCGAACGGCUCUGAGGGAACAUCUGGGGUGUAAAUCAUUCGAAUGGUAUUUAAAGAAUAUUUACCCCGAACUAUUUAUUCCUGGAGAAUCCGUUGCUCAUGGAGAGGUUCGAAAUGUCGCCUUCCAAAAAAUAUGUUUGGAUUCACCAACGCGGAAGUCUGACCAUCACAAACCAGUCGGACUAUAUCCGUGUCACCGUCAAGGAGGAAAUCAGUAUUGGAUGUACUCUAAGAAUGGUGAAAUACGUCGUGAUGAGACUUGCCUAGACUUUUCCGGGCACGACGUUGUACUCUAUCCGUGCCAUGGGGCCAAGGGUAACCAACUGUGGCUGUAUAACCCCAGUACGAAAUUGCUAAAGCACGGCUCGAGCGAAAAGUGCAUGGCAGUUAAUCGUAAUAAAGACAAGAUAGUAAUGGAGGCCUGUAACGAGUCAGAGCCGAGGCAGAUGUGGAAAAUGGAGAACUUCAACGCGGAUAGACUCAGCCCAGAACUUGCUGUUGAGUAGCCGGAAGCCUAUGAUGAACUCCUGUUCAUAUGAGCCCACUGAUGGACACUACGUAAUAUAUCGGUGAUGUGGCUAUUGUGUUUGGCGCGAUUUUAUUAGGUGAUCCUAUUUUGAUAAACUUAAAGUAAGGGCUACAUUCAAUAGUUUAUUUUGUCUUUUAUUUUAUUAGAAGUGUUGCAAAUUAUGUUUCAGUUAUAUAAUUUCACUGUGCAGCGUCGUGUUAACGCAAUUUUUU